AUCAAUUUAUUAAAGCGUACAGCCCUGGCUAGCCUUGGUAGUCUGGCAGCCCUGGCACAGAUGCAAAACAACAAAAAUUCGUGGAAUAUUUUAAACAUUAACAAUAAAAAGAAACAAACAAACGAACGUGUAUGUCUGCAUUUACAUUGAAGCACAUAUAGCACGCACGCAGGACGUGCCGUACAUACAAGCACGGACGCACUUACGCAGGACGUGUCGUUAACAAAAUGAAUAAAUGCUCCGUUUAUUCCCUGCUCAAAUUGACGCUUGCAAUUGCGUUCUAUGCGCCAACUGCAAUUGUUGGGUAUAAAAGUGUGCGUCUGCAGGAUAAUCUGUGCUCGGAUAAGCUGUUCUAUACGCUGGCCAAGCCCUUCCGUGGCGAUCCAACGCUACGGCUUACCGAAGACCACGACUCGGGCGCCAUUAUAACACAAACUUGGAAUGUGACGCUGCCCAGUUUUGGCCAUUCGGCCAAUAAAAUCAAAUACGACUGCCAGUUCCGUGUCCAGACCAACGAUCGUCCGCCGCGGGGCAUUUACACAAUCAUCACGCGGUUAAAGUUCAGGAGCGAUCCGGUGACCAAGAAAUGCAUCGACUACAUACAAUUUACCAGUGGGAAUCGUUCGCCCAGCGAACGCAUUUGUAGUGAUAUCUCCAUUGAUGGGCCCGCGGGACGUUUGAUUUUCGAUCAGCGGGAUCGUGAUGUGCAUGUGCAUAUCUUUAUUGAUCGGGAUCGGCAUAUAUUUGGCGAUCCACUGGAGCUGCGCAUGGUGCUGACCGCCCAUUCCGAGUGCCAGUUUGCGGGUGACUUUCUAUGCAAUCCGAAGGAUCAAUACUCUUGCAUUUCGCGUCAUUUUGUGCGUGACAAUAUCACCAACUGCAUGUAUCCGUGCCGGGACGAGGGUACCUGCUUCCACGAUGCCAUUCCACCCGAGGAAAUGGACACAACGAAUGUGGCUCUAUCGGCUAUAACAUCCCUCAUCUUUACCAUGUUGGGCGUCGGCUUUUGUGUGUGGAUCUGCUGGAAGUAUUGGAACUGCAUCACAGUACAGCAACACGCCCAUGAAGCGUCCGCCGCUCGCUUUAACCAGCGACGUCUGCGGUCCGAUGUGCCCACUAUUGAGCUGCCGACGGCACCGUCAUAUGAUGGGAUGCUGCCACAUGAUUUAUCACCAGUAUCGCAAGAUCAUCAACAGCAGCCGGCAACGCCCAAAGAUUUGCCACCCAGCUACGAGUCGCUUUUCCCCGACAGAUAAGGGCUGCCGAUAGUUAAUUAGUUGAUUGCUCUGCUCUUGCUAGACGAUAAGAACCAAAAUAUGUUGGCGCCAAACUCACAUUUAUUGCAGCACAAUUGUUGUAACAGUUCCACUACUAAUUAGGUAUUUUUCCAAUUACACGAAGUAAUUGAAGGUAAUUCCACAAAACAAGCAAAAACAAAAAACAACAAUUAAUUAGCAGGAAGAAAUGCAAUGUAAAUAUGCACAUUCGUUAUA